AUGUCAGCCAACGCAGCCGGUACGCCGGCGCCAGACCGUCGAGACUCCGCGAAGGUCGCCGACGGCCUCAGAGGAAGCCCCGCCUCCCACACGAACGGUCACGAACAAGUAGUACGCCAGGGCCACCAGAGACUGGUCUUCACUGACCCCGUUGCCCUGCGAUACCUCGAAGAAGACCCCUCCACCGACGUCCUCCACCGCCGCUCCACCCUGCAAGGUUAUGAAAUCUAUAUUGUCGAACAAUGGGCCUGCUCUCGGGUGCAUCCGACCUUUGUUAUUUCAACCUAUACUGGAGACCCAUCGCAUACAGUCAUUGUUGGGGUACUCAGCGUACCAACAGAUGAAACCACAUGGUCACCUCGCCUGCGGAUGUACUUUGACGCUGUCAAGCAAUACCAUGCUCGACAGAAGGAGACCCCUCUCGGCACAGUCAUGGUCACAGACUUGGGGACUUUUCCAUCGGCCCUUACUGUCAUUCCAGUCCCACAAGGCGAUGUCAAGAAACACCGGGAGGAUUUCAUUGUGAACGAGGACUUGAAGCGAUUGGGUUGCGCUGGACGGGCAGGCCUCAAACUCCAGUCUCCAUUACCGGCCACAGAAGCAAAGUUCCAUCAACUUUACCGAACAAAUGAGCGGGUUCCUCUUUAUAAUGCGGUAAUAGAGUUGGUAAAGCAGUGUCAAAUUGCCUUGAUGGUGUUUGACAAACUAGCGCCGGAAUAUGUGGACGGUCUCCUGUGCGAUGUGACCGAAGCAGCAAUUAGUGACUGGUGGGCUGAUAUCGGGUCAGAACUGUAUAACAUUGAACCAAGUGAUGGUAUGCUGGGACCAACCACCGUGUCUGCCCUCCUCGGAACACUGCUUGGUGCUCGAAAUCGACUCCAUGCAUAUGGAGCUCCUGUGGGGAAGGACGCCUUUGAUAUCGACAACCUGAAACGGGGUAUCAGUGGUUUCCAGAAAUCUCAGAAAAUGAGUCGAACAAGGAGGCUAGAUCGGCGAACCUUAGAUCGGUUACAUCGCGCUACGGCUAAGGCUGCUAAUGCGGAAGGGUGGACCGAUGCUGUCAAAUCAACGAUGGCCGAGCUCAGUGGUCAAGGUGGUGAGAUGGUCAUGGGGAUGGUUCGUGGACGUGAGAAGGGUGGAAUUGCAGACAUUGAAACACUUGACAUCGAUACCUUUAUCCAGUGCUGUUACGGAUCAAGAGCAAAGUGGCUGUGGCUGGGAAAACUCCGCAAGAGCGGUCAUGAUGACUCGUUCACGCGUGCCCCAACGUCGGACAUGAUGUUUACCACAGAUGACCAGGGCGGCUAUGUUUGGACAAGUCGGAAGAAGCACUCUGGAGAGGACUUGCACGCGGAACGAGUGACCUCUAGCCUUGAACGACAGUGGAAGCCGUCGGAAAUGCUAGCCGCCGAAGAAAAAGAACACCGGAAGAAGGGUGUUAGCGGAAGGGUGUCGGAUGCUCGGGCUGGCCUGGGCCGUUUCAAGGACGCAGUGGGCUUGCCUGGUCUGCGAUCUCAUCACCACAAACAUUCCCGUGACGGCUCGGAACUAAUGCAUGAUAUUGCGUAUCGCCCAUCCAUAGACAGUGAUACUGAGCCCUCAAUCACCAAAACAAGAACCACCACUGGUCUGACAUCUGACUCAAAGGUUGACGGAGAGUUGGAAUAUCGACCUGAGGAUGACCAGAGCCAACCAUCCGCUCGGGCGGAAUCAGUGCCCGAUAUCAAGCCCCCAGAGAUUCACAUCGAGUCUGCGCCUACAGACACAGAGCCAGAAUUGCAGACGCAGCAACAAGAUCACCUUCCGGUUCCAACAACCCUCCCCGGGGUGGAAGAAGAAUCGGAUCUAGAGCGCACUGCAACACGGUCUACCGCCGCAUCAAGCGAGCCGGGAGACCCAGAAGACCCAAGGCCAAAUUUAGCUUUGAUGUCUCUCCGGCGAGCCCAAAGCUGCGAAGAGCUCCGAAGUAGUGAAAUCGACCCCCGGCGCUGUGAUGAACGAUGCCCGAGGCAUCUUUCCUUUAGUAAUGUGGAAGAAGUGAUCCACGCAUCCAAGCCACUGGUUGAACAGCCGAGAGUCGAUAACUGGGCCACUUUGGAAGAAGCCAUUGCCCAAGAAGACAUCCUGGCAUCCGAUGCUCGUAUCUUCAGCUCCCGAAUAUUGCAUUUGGCUGAGCAUACUGCUCCUUGGGUCGAGCGUCAAGUGGAUUCUGUGGAUGGCCUUAAUACCACACUCUAUGAUCAACACGAAGAGUUGAAUUCAGUCUACAUUGAUCGGUUUGGUGACUACCAAAAGCUUCGAGAAAGAUCCAGCGAUCUCUUGACCGAUGAGAGUUCCUAUUUGAAUGACAGUGUUAAGCGCGUCGAGCUACUUGGCGCUAAACUGGACUACGAGCUUCAUGUCCUCGAAUCUAAAGUCGAGGAUAUGGAGGAAGGAUUGACCGACUUUGAGCGACAUAUUGUCAACGUGGAAACCCGUGUUAAAGCUCUGCUUCAAGGCGAGGAAGAGCAUAGCGUCUCCUGGAUGACAUGGUUUCAACGAUCUUUCGGCUUCGCGGGGUCCGUAGGUUCCUCUGGCUCGUGA